UCGCUUGGCACGGCCCGAAGCUUCGAUUGAACACCAUGCCACUUUUAUCGAUAAGGAUUUUUUCUGGGUUUCCAAACCGUCACUUAUCGCAGCCGAAGGCAGUUAAAGAUUUGCCUCGUCUUACAACAUCAGGCCUGGGGUUGCCGGUAUUUGACGAUCUCCUACCACAUAUCAGCACUUUCAACCCAUGCCAUGGCCUCCAAGCGCGCCUUCCUGGCCUCAGCGCCUUGCUUAGCUCGCCUCUCCACAGCGAUACCGUCCCGGACAGCAGCAGCAGGAGCGAUAGCGGUAGCAGGCCGCAUCCGCAAUAAGCCGAGGCACUUCCUCCCGCAAACACCCUCCGUUCCUCGCACCGCAGUCCGCCUGGCACACUCAAUACCACGGCCUCGCAACCCGUCGCCAUUCCGAGACCAACAGCAACAACAACCCGCCGUCACAUCCACAUCCAUCCCGUCAUCAUCCUCCUCCUCAUCACCACCACUCUCCCAACCCACCACAACCCCCGCGCAACAACCGCAACAACAACAACCCAACGUCCUCCAACAACCACACUACGAACUAACCUUCACCUGCCGCCCCUGCGGCCACCGCUCGCGCCACCGCGUGUCCAAGCAAGGCUACCACCAGGGGUCGGUGCUGAUUGCGUGCCCGUCCUGCCGCAACCGGCACGUCAUUAGCGACCACCUGGGCAUUUUUGGGGGCGACAUCAAGACGGUUGAGGAUUUGCUCCGCGCGCGGGGGGAGCUGGUCAAGCGGGGCAUGCUGCUCAAAGAAAUUGGUAACGGUGAGGGGGAUGGGGAUGGGGAUUUUGAGGUCUGGGAUGAUGGGAGUGUUACCGCGAGGCAAGCCUGGGAUGAGGGUACGGCGGGGCAUAAUGACAAUGGUGGUAAGGAGGAGAGGGAGGAUAAAGCGCCGCCUGGAGCGAGCUUUGCGAGGGUGAACCAGGGUGAGAUGGGUGGGAACAGUGGGGAGGGGGGUACGGGGAAGGGCUCGAAAGAGUAGAUAUUGUGUGUCGAUAGGAAGGUCAUGUGUUGCGGGAUGUAGUAAGGUUAGAUGUACGACUGUGGGAGGCGUUAAUGCGCGUGGCAUACCCCGAGAGACCAAGUCCGGUUACUCGUGUAAUACUACUAUAGACUCAGAGAGAUUUCCCCCUUUCAAAGCAUACGGAAC